AUGGGGGUUUCUCUCAGCCGUCGAGGAGAAGAGGGUGCCUCUUUGGCCACAAGCAAACUCACUCAGAAACAAACUAAUGGAUUGUCUGUCCUUGGAGCCUUGACUGCUCCAAUGCUCCCUGCUUUCCUUACGAAUAAUCCAACCCCUAAUGGAUAUCCAUGGAGUACCCUUGAUACCCAAACCAAUUACUAUGAUACAAAUCCCAAUACGGGUGUCAUACGAUCCUAUGACUUUACAGUCAGCCGUGGAGUCAUUGCUCCGGAUGGAUAUCAGCGCGAUGUUCUAUUGGUCAAUGACGCUUUCCCGGGCCCCUUGAUCGAGGCAAAUUGGGGCGACACCAUUCAAGUAACUCUGACCAACAACAUCACCGGCCCAGAAGAGGGCACAGCGCUUCACUGGCACGGAUUCCUUCAACAGGGGACUCCGUGGGAAGACGGAGUGCCUUCUGUAACGCAAUGCCCCGUGCCUCCCGGGAAGAGCUUCACAUAUCAGUUUGCGGCAACCCUAUAUGGCAGUUCUUGGUACCACUCGCAUUACUCUUCGCAGUAUGCCGGUGGUCUUUUAGGCCCCAUGGUGAUUCACGGACCGAAGUCGCAAGACUACGAUGUCGAUAUUGGUCCUGUAAUGCUGGCUGACUGGUAUCAUGAGCAAUACUUUGAUCUGGUAGAGAAGACUAUGAGUCCCGUGCAAGCCUUGACUAGAUUCAACUCUGACAACAAUUUGAUCAAUGGCAAGGGAAACUUCGACUGCUCCCAGGUCACCGAUGGUACGCCAUGUACCAACAACGCCGGCAUUGCGAAAUUCAAGUUUCAGCGCGGCAAGACUCACCUCCUUCGACUUAUGAACACCGGGGCGGAGGGCCUUCAGCGCUUCUCCAUCGACGGCCAUAACAUGACAGUCAUUGCCAACGACUUUGUGGAUGUUCAGCCCUACGUGACUAAAGUCGUUACGCUUGGUAUUGGCCAGCGAAGUGAUGUCCUUGUCACGGCAGACGGUGAGCUGGAUGCCUACUGGAUGCGCAGCAACAUCAGCGAAUGCUCCAAUGCCAACCAACCAUAUGCUCUGGCGGCCAUCUACUACGACGACGCAGAUACUAAUACGGACCCCGAGUCCACGCCUUGGAAUGUUCCUGAUCCGCUAACUUGUGUGAACGAUGACUUUUCGAUCACGGAGCCCGUCAUGGAGCUUGCCCUUCCCGAGCCAGAUCUGGAGCUCGACAUGGAACUGACGUUGUUCCAAAACGAGACUGGCCAUACUUUAUGGGCACUGGACGGAGUUACAUUCAGGGGUAACUAUAACAGUCCGACGUUGCUGCUCAGCAAUCUGGGUAACUACAGCUUUGAGCCCGAGUGGGCCGUGAGAAACACGAGCACAGCAAAGAGCGUCAGAGUGAAUCUCUUCAACAACUCCCCCGCUGGACAUCCUAUGCAUCUUCACGGCUUCAACAUGUAUCUCCUGCACCAAGGUCCCGGUCAAUGGGACGCCGAAGCAAUCGUCCGAUCAUCCAACCCACAACGCCGCGACGUCUUCCUGAUUCCUAGUGGCGGACACGUCGUGUUCCAAUUUGACGCGGCGAGCAAUCCGGGUGUGUGGCCGUUUCACUGCCACAUUGCCUGGCACGCCACCGCCGGGCUGUUUACGCAUUUCCUUACGGAUCCGGAGGGAGUGAGAGCAAUGAGUAUUCCGAAUGUAGUGGCGGAGACGUGUAGACAGUGGGGGACUUGGACGAAUACGAAUAUUCCUGAACAGAUUGAUAGUGGGCUGUGA